CUAUCAUACAGUCGGAUAAAAUAAUCAGAUAAUCGUAAUGCACAGAUAAAGAUUCCUUCAUAUAAGUACAGAUGAAGUUUGAACAUCGGAUUAUCUCGGAAGAAGCAGUGACAAUGCUUCAUUUACCUUCCAGUUAUUUAUUAGCAUUAUUAAUAUUGUUAUGUAUUUUAACGAAUGCAACUUCGCGCGAAUUCCCUAAAGGAUUUUUGUUUGGAGCUGCUACAGCCUCUUACCAAAUCGAAGGCGCUUGGAAUAUUGACGGUAAACAUGCAACUAUUCGAAAUAUAAAAUUCAAAAAUGUUUCAGGAAAAACUGAAAAUAUAUGGGAUCGUGCCUGUCACAAAGUACCCAGCCCGGUAGCCGAUAACUCUACGGGAGACAUCGCAAAUGAUUCCUAUAAACUUUACAAACGAGAUGUUGAAAUGAUAAGAGAACUUGGUGUUGAUUAUUACAGAUUCUCUGUGUCCUGGACUCGUAUUUUACCCACGAGUUUCCCAGAUUACAUAAAUGAAGCUGGAGUUGCUUAUUACAAUAAUCUGAUUGACGAAUUACUCAAAUACAAUAUUGAGCCGAUGCUCACAAUUUACCACUGGGACUUACCACAGAAAUUACAGGAUAUGGGAGGUUGGACGAACCCAUAUAUUAUCGAUUGGUAUGCGGACUACGCCAGAGUUCUGUUCCAAAAAUUUGGUGAUCGAGUUAAGAAUUGGAUCACUAUAAACGAACCGAAAGAAAUUUGCUUCCAAGGUUACGCAAUAGGUACAUUAGCUCCAGCAUACACUAUGAGCGGAGUGGCUGAUUACUUGUGUGGGAAAAACGUUCUUUUAGCUCACGCUAAAGCUUAUCAUAUCUAUGACAAAGAAUUCCGACCUACCCAAAAUGGAAAUAUCUCUAUAACCAUUAGUUGCCAAUGGUAUGAGCCUGAAAGCGAUCGCGAAGAAGAUAUUAACGCAGCGAAUGAAAUGAUCUUAUUCGAGUGUGGUCAAUACGGUCACCCUAUAUUUACUGACAGCGGUGACUAUCCCGAAAUAGUCAAGCAACGUGUAGCAGCUAAGAGUGCUGAACAAGGUUUCUUACGCUCACGGUUCCCAGAGCUAAGCCCUGAAGAAGUUCAAUACAUCCGUGGAACAUCAGACUUUUUUGGUUUAAAUCACUACUCGACAUUUUUGACGUACAGAAAUGAGUCAGUUGUCGGCUACUACGAAAUACCUUCGUAUAAUGAUGAUGUUGGAGUACUCUUUUAUGACAAGGAGGAAUGGUCCAUUGGUUCGCAUAACAGAGUUAAGACCACACCAUGGGGCUUCUACAAACUUUUGAGACAAAUUUCGAAUUUUUACAAUAACGUUCCGAUUAUAAUCACUGAAAACGGUUUCGCGACCCUUACCGGCUUCGAAGACAACGACCGAAUCACGCAUCUGAGAUUGUAUUUAAAUGCUCUUCUAGACGCUAUUAAAGAUGGAUCCGAUAUCAGACUGUAUACUCCUUGGAGCUUGAUGGAUAAUUUUGAAUGGAUGUCUGGAUAUACGCAAAGAUUUGGACUUUAUGAAGUUGAUUACGACAGUCCAGAACUUACACGGACGCCGAGAAAAUCUGCUUUUAUAUUCAAAGAAAUUGUAAAAUCAAGGACUCUAGACUUUGAUUAUAAACCUGAAAGCUACGUUAUGACGAUUGACGAAGGAAAAGCGCUUAUCAACUUCAAAACAAUCAAAGUCAGAUCUACUUCUAUACCUUACUCGGAUUGGGCUGAAAACUUGAAAUGCAAGGAGCGUUGGAUUAUAUUUGAACGACAAACAAUGCUGCGUUUACCAUUCGCUAAUUUGUUAUCUUUACUGUUAUCCUUUGGCAUUCUAACGAGUGCAAUUGGAGUGUGUGUUUGCCAUAAUCCACGCAGAUUUCCUGAAGGGUUUAUGUUCAGUACUGCAACUGCGUCAUACCAAAUAGAAGGCGCUUGGAAUGUUGAUGGAAAGACUGAAAACAUUUGGGAUCAUAUUUGCCACAAAGAACCCAGUCCCAUGGCUGACAACUCUACAGGAGACAUCGCAAAUGAUUCAUAUAACCUUUACAAACGAGAUGUUGAAAUGAUAAGAGAACUUGGUAUUGAUUAUUACAGAUUCUCUGUGUCCUGGACUCGUAUUUUACCCACGAGUUUCCCAGAUUACAUAAAUGAAGCUGGAGUUGCUUAUUACAAUAAUCUGAUUGACGAAUUACUCAAACACAAUAUUAAGCCGAUGCUCACAAUUUACCACUGGGACUUACCACAGAAAUUGCAAGAUAUGGGAGGUUGGACGAACCCAUAUAUUAUCGAUUGGUAUGCGGACUACGCUAGAGUUCUGUUCCAAAAAUUUGGUGAUCGAGUUAAGAAUUGGAUUACUAUAAACGAACCGAAAGAAAUUUGUUUCCAAGGUUAUGGUAAUGGUACAAUGGCUCCAGCAUACACUAUGACCGGAGUAGCCGAUUACUUGUGUGGGAAGAACGUUCUUUUAGCUCACGCUAAAGCUUAUCAUAUCUAUGACAAAGAAUUCCGACCUACCCAAAAUGGAAAUAUCUCUAUAACCAUUAGUUGCCAAUGGUAUGAGCCUGAAAGCGACCGCGAGGAAGAUAUCACCGCCGCGAAUGAAAUGAUCUUAUUCGAGUGGGGUCAAUACGGUCACCCUAUAUUCACUGACAGCGGUGACUAUCCCGAAAUAGUCAAACAACGUGUAGCAGCUAAGAGUGCUGAACAAGGUUUCUUACGUUCACGGUUCCCAGAGCUAAGUCCUGAAGAAGUUCAAUACAUCCGUGGAACAUCAGACUUUUUUGGAGUAAAUCAUUAUUCGACUUAUUUGGCGUAUAGAAACGAAUCAGUAGUGGGCCACUACGCAGUACCUUCCUAUUUUGAUGAUGCUGGAGUAAUCUAUUAUGCUAAGGAUGAAUGGGCCAUUGGUACGCAUAACAGAAUUAAGACCACACCAUGGGGCUUCUACAAACUUUUGAGACAAAUUUCGAAUUUUUACAAUAACGUACCGAUUAUCAUCACUGAAAACGGCUUCGCGACCCUGCCCGGCUUAGAAGACAACGACCGAAUCACGCAUCUUAGGUUGUACUUGAACGCUGUUCUUGAUGCUAUUGAAGAUGGAUCCGAUAUCAGACUCUACACUUCUUGGAGUUUGAUGGAUAAUUUUGAAUGGAUGAAUGGUUACACGCAAAGAUUCGGAUUUUAUGAAGUUGAUUACGACAGUCCAGAACGCACACGGACACCGAGAAAAUCCGCCUUUGUAUUCAAAGAAAUUGUAAGAUCAAGGACCCUGGAUUUUGAUUACGAACCUGAGAGCUAUGUUAUGACGAUCGACGCAGGAAAAUGAAAUAAUUAAAUGAUGUUUAAAUUGA